UAAGCCAGCCUCUCUAUCACGGCUGCCUUGGGUACUCACUCUUCAGUCGGUCCUGGCUGGUUUGGAGCGUGUUGGAAGAUGGCUCUCAACGUGCAGCAUUUCCUGCUGGCUCUGCUUCUUGGAGCUGACGUGUUCAUCCGGGCUCAUGCUCAAGAGUCCGGUGCAUCUGAGGCGUUGAGUAAGACCUGCAAAUGUGACUGUGAAGGACAAGAGUCUCCAAGCACGUUUCCCUCCUUUGGCUCUGGGUCCAUGGUGAAAGGAGUGGACUGCAUGCCAGAAUGUCCAUACAACAAGCCUCUUGGCUUUGAGGCGGGAUCCAUAGAUCCAGAGCAGAUCACCUGCUCCAACCAGGACCAGUACACCGGCUGGUUCUCCUCCUGGCUCCCAGGCAGGGCCAGACUCAACGGCCAGGGCUUCGGGUGUGCCUGGCUGUCCAAGUUUCAGGACAACAAUCAGUGGCUGCAGAUUGACCUGAAGGAGGUGGUGGUGGUGUCGGGGAUCCUCACACAGGGCCGCUGCGACGCUGAAGAGUGGAUCACAAAGUACAGUGUUCAGUACCGCACAGACGAAAAACUCAGCUGGGUCUAUUACAAGGACCAAACUGGAAACAACAAGGUGUUUUAUGGAAACUCUGACCGCUCCUCGUCUGUCCAGAACCUCCUGCGGCCACCCAUCGUGACGCGCUAUAUCCGCAUCCUCCCCCUGGGAUGGCACACGCGCAUAGCUCUGCGCAUGGAGUUGCUGAUGUGCAUGAGCAGAUGCAUGUGAACCUCUCGUCCUCCUGCCAUCUUUGUGGGCUCGUCUCAAAAGCUUGUGUUGUGUGAUUUUAUAUUCACAGAUUCUGUUCCCGAAUAGCAAGCUGACCCUAAAACAUUCAGCACGAGUCCCUUUUGCAACUUGAAUGAUUCCAUUAAAAUAGAUUUGUUUGAUAUGUACAACAAGCUUUCAUUCGCCUCAGUCUGUAUUGUCUGUGAUAAACCGGCGUCCCACCGAGGGCUUUAAUUUGGAGAGUCCUCAACCGAUUGCUCCAUUUGUAAUGAAACUGCAUAAUUUCAAAGCAAUAAUUAGAGGGUGCUGUAGCCACAGGUCUGAGACAAGCUCUUCCAAAACAUUUGUGUUGCUCCAUGAGUUGCUUACAUGGGGAUAUAACAUUAUUUCUGCCCCUCCUGAUAUGUGAUUGUAACAGUAAUUUGUAAUUUGUUCUUCUCAUUAAAGCUUGUAUGUCUUAUUCAUGUUAAAAAGCAGGCUGGUGAUAUAUUCUACAUUUCUAUACAAGUAAUAAAUCCCAUUAAAAGACUAAGAAGACUAAAGUACCCACUGAACAAGUGUUGUAUCUGCAACCAAAACCUUCUUUUUAAUAGUGUGUAUGUUUCCAUAUACUAUUUAAACACAUGCUAAUGGACCUGACUAACCGCUGCACCAAGAAACGUGUUCCUUUAUUACUUAAAAUUGUGAGCAUUGGAGCAUAUUUUGAAUCAGUAACAAGAGUAACGUCUCAGUCCUGUCAGCCAUUAACUGUACCGUCAGUGGCUCAACAUUUAGGAUUUGAUCAUGAUGUCUUUAAACAUGUCUAAACACCCUUACUGUGUACCCUUUCUUUUUUUUUUUGCUUGUGUUUUUUCAUAUUUUUUUUGUACCUAAGACACAUUUUAUAAACAUGUGAAGUUUCAGUGUAAAGGUUGAAGUAUGCUAGUGUUACGAUUUGGUGUUGUGGUAAUGCUCCAUUUCUGUUCUUUGUUACAUCUCAGACCACUUUCCUUUUAUGUACCAGGGGCAUAAGUUCUGUAUUUUGUCAAUUACCUUCACUAAAUUCAUCCAUGUAUCA